GUAAUGUCUGCCUCGUUCUAGGACGAUAUGUGUCAACUGGAGUUGGUUUUCCGCUUUGAUUUCUCGUGAAUCAAAACUAUUUGCUGAAGAUUCAUUCUGGCGUUGGAUCGAUGGCCACUGCUGCUCUGGCUCCAGUGGCUGCUCGUCCACCUUCCAGGUCAGAUCAACAACAUAAUGGAAAUAUCCAAGAACCUAAUCGACCUUUACGUUGGAGAGUGAUUGACGACCAACCACAUGUUGGAAAAUACAGGUUUAUACGAACUAUAGGCAAGGGGAAUUUCGCCAAAGUCAAAUUAGCGAGUCAUGUUAUUACGGGACAACAAGUCGCUAUCAAAAUUAUUGAUAAAACCCAGUUAAGUCCUUCAAGCCGUCAAAAGCUUUUCCGAGAAGUUAGACUGAUGAAAUUGCUGGACCAUCCAAACAUCGUAAAACUAUUUGAAAUUAUUGACAACGAUAAGAUUUUAUAUUUGGUAAUGGAAUAUGCCAGUGGUGGUAAGUUUUUAAUUACUUUUCCUCUAGGUUAUAUAAAAAUACCCCUCUCAUCAUACUACAUUUAUACACUUAUUUAGUCAUAAGUUUUGUGAUUGCUUGGCCUAUUUACUUAUUUUACGAACUAAUUUGCUUGAGACGAUUUACUACAAUAACGUAUUCGACGAUUCAUUUAUAGACGUAAUUUUACCCGCUUGAAGAUGGUAUUUAACUCUAUGUUGUGGUUGUAAUCGAACCAUGUACUACAUUUUGAGGGUUUAUUAAUUCGGUCCGAAUUAUCGUUAUUUUUCUAUUCCAUUUAUGGUAAGACAAACGUUGGUUUCACGACCACAACCAAUUUAACACAUUUUACCGAUUUCUGACUUGGUAUUCUGUUUCGUCAUUUAUAUACAAAUGUCGGCUUAUUAGAUAGAAACUAUUAGUUUACAUUAUUAUAUUUUGAUUGUUGAAUAUUUAUACUACUUAGAGUUGAAGAUUCUGCAUACUACUAAAAUUACGAAGCAGUUCUAUUAUUCCGUACUUAUUUCUGAUUUUCCUAUAUGAUUUUGGCUGUAUCAGAAUCCUUUUAGUUAACGUUGUUAAAUAAAUAGAUUAUGAAUAACGAAACUUUACCAUAUUUUUGUUACCAAUCACUCCGGCUUCCUCAUCUAAAGCAAUGAUCGGCUAGUUUCCCGAAUAUCUAAGAAUAACCAUAAACAAUUCUCCCACCAACUUGCUGGAUAAUAAGUAACAAAUAGAAGUCUCUCGAUACUUACAUUCAUCUAAGAAACAGUCUUCUCUAACCUUUUAGCACACCACCUAUCAUUGCUUCGUUUUUUCGCAUUCGUUUUUUAGGUGAGGUUUUUGAUUAUUUGGUUGCUCAUGGAAGAAUGAAAGAAAAAGAAGCACGGGCUAAAUUCCGUCAAAUUGUUUCUGCUGUUCAGUACUGUCAUCAAAAACAUAUUAUUCACAGAGAUUUAAAAGCCGAAAAUCUCCUUCUUGAUGCCGAUAUGAACAUAAAACUGGCUGAUUUUGGCUUUUCUAAUGAAUUUAGUCCAGGCACGAAAUUAGAUACUUUUUGUGGAAGUCCUCCUUAUGCAGCCCCAGAACUAUUCCAAGGUAAGAAAUAUGAUGGUCCCGAAGUUGAUGUGUGGUCGUUGGGUGUUAUUUUGUACACAUUAGUCAGUGGGUCCCUUCCUUUCGAUGGUCAGACACUUAGAGAAUUGCGUGAACGUGUUCUACGUGGCAAGUAUCGCAUCCCGUUCUACAUGUCAACAGACUGCGAAAGUUUGUUGAAGAAAAUGUUGGUCCUUAAUCCAAGUAAACGAUACACUUUAGAGAUGGUGAUGAAAGAUCGUUGGAUGAAUACUGGUUAUGAAGAUAAUGUAUUGUCACCGUACAUAGAACCCGAACCAGAUUAUACUGAUCCUGUACGUAUUGAGAUUAUGGUCAAUAUGGGCUUCAGUCGUGACGAAAUAGAGAAGUCUUUAACUCAAGGAAACUUUGACGACAUAAUGGCUACUUAUCUCCUCCUUGAUAGAAGACGUUCUUCACUUGAUACAAGUUCACGUGAUGGUUCAAGUCUUUCUUUAAGGCAAAGUACUCAUUUACUUUCUGCUACAUCAAAUCCUGCAGCUAGUCCACUAAUCUCAACUGGUGGUGUUAAUUGUGCGAGUGUGGAACAUACCUCAAAUAUUUGCCCAGACGAUACGUUGUCUGUUUUACCUACAAAUGCUGAUACUGGACCAAUAAAUCAAAACGCACAUUCAAGCUCCAAAUUUACGGUCAAUUCUGGAAGUGCCACUCGUUCUACAAGUACAACACCACCUAGUACAGUAACGGUAGUCAAUAAUGGUGCCAAUAACAAGCCAGCUGUGAAUAUAAUCACUCCUUCAUGUAAUUAUAUUUUCAGUUUUAUUAGAUUUAUUUAAUACAUUAUUGCUGUUUAUAAUUCUGCAGAAUAUAGACCAUCGACGUAUUGUUAGCAUACGAUUAUUAUCUACUUCCUUUAUCUCUUUGUCAGCUUGCACUUCUGGGUCGGAAAGUUCAGGAACUACAGGUACCAGUACAAUAACUCCCAUUUCACAUGUCAGUUUGGCAUCUACAAAUACAUAUUCAUCUUCAAGUGGAAACGCGAACGUGAAUUACAAUACAGCCCUUAAUGCAAUUGAAGCAUCAUGUCCUUCUAGUAAUGUUGAAUCAAUUAAGUUGAUGCGGAAUGACCUUGUUCGUGCUUCAGAUCGUCCUGGUAGAGAAGAAUCUAGCCGGAUUUUGGCACGAUUACGAGGCUUUACUGAUGAAAUGGCCACUCCAGUUGUUGGUGGGGGUGGGCUUACAGCUUAUCCAAAUGUUCCAGGCCAACGAACAAGUAUUGAUGCAGGUACCAGCACAGUUCGUCCAACUACUGCCGGCCAGAGAAAACCCAUUCCUAUCACUUCACAAGCUCUGGGUGCAAACACGAAAUCAUCACCAAACUCCAACUCAGCUAUGGCACGCCGUACUCAUACUAUGAAUUAUGGGACAACAACCCCAACAUCUGGAGAUCAACAACAUUCUGUUAGGCGCCAACCGAUCAAUACAAAUGCAAGUGGACGCAAUACAUGUGUAUUUGAUAAUGCUAAUCCUAGGAACUCAGUCGCUCUUUCUGGUAUCACUGGUCUUUCUAGCGGAUCUGCUUUAUCGCCUUCGUCUGAUAAAUCUACAUCUGGGUCAUCAAGCGGAAGUGGUAACAAUCAAGUUACAACCAAUGGUGCUGGAAGAUUACCAUCUCAUGAAAUUCGAAGCCAUGUUACUCCUGCACUUGUUCCUAUGACUACGCGUACUAACAAAGUACAUCAUGGUGCCAAUAUAUCUAGUGGUACUGGUGGUGCUUAUCAUGCAGGUUUAUUAUUGGAAAGAUCUGCAACGUUGAAUACUGCAGGUCCUGGUACUAGUGGUAAUGGAACUUCAUCAAAUCAAUGUGCUUCUUCCACACGUGGAAGUGAUGUAGUUGGAGCUGGAGAAUUACAUCGUAAUCAACCUUGUGCCAAUAUUGUCGGUCGAAGCGGAGUGGGUACGUCAACUAACCAGGCGGGUUGUAACGCUACCUCUGUUGCCGCACGUCGUGUAGUUACAAAUACCAAUAAUAACACGUCUUCUGGAUUUAACAAUGGUAUAGGAACUAUCUUAGAGACUACACCUUUCCCUAGGCUUACACCAGAACGUAGAACUAUUCAUUCAACAAAUUCACCAAACAUAGACUUUGAUUUCGAUACAAAUAAUCAAAAUUCUAACAACACAGUCGCUGCUCGUUGUAUUAAUGUUUCACUUGCUGGUGCUGGGGCUACAAAUAGUAGUGGUAUGACUCACUUAACUCCUUCUGGCACUGGUCUUACCUUCUUCAAGGCACUUACUUCCAAAAUCGGUCGACGUGGACCUAAUAGUGGUGCAAUGGGCAAUAUGUCUCAGGCACUUACUGGUGGCACUGAUAUUUCACAUGUUCCAUUCUCAACGGCGGAUUCUAAUAUUGGGGCUUCCACAACCAGCUCGGGAUCAGGUUAUCUACCUGGAGAUUCAGUUUUUUCUGACUCCAGUGUACAUGGCGCAUACACCGAACCUGUUAGUCAGUUAACACCUGGAGGAAGCUCUGCUGGUUCUCCUGUUCCUCAAGGCGGGAAUCAAACUGUUCCUCAUACUGACGAUAAUGUUAAUGAUCAAACGAAACCACGAAGUUUACGUUUCACUUGGUCUAUGAAAACAACCAGUAGCAUGUGCCCGGAUAACAUGAUUAAAGAAAUCAAGAAGGUCCUCACAGCCAAUAAUUGCGAAUAUGAUCAACGUGAAAGAUACCUUCUCAUAUGUGAGCAUGGAGAUCCAAGCACAGAUGCGAAUGUUCAGUGGGAAAUGGAAGUUUGUAAACUUCCUCGUUUGUCUCUAAAUGGAGUUCGCUUUAAAAGAAUUUCAGGAACUUCUAUUGGAUUUAAAAGCAUCGCUUCCCAGAUCGCUAAUGACCUCAAACUUUAAUCAAUAACACUUUCGUUUGCAUACUGAUCUGUUUUAUAUCCCACUUCAAAUGAAGUUAUUUACUUUUCUGUAUACUUGAAGUGCCAGAUUACAACUAUGACUGUGAAAGAUCUUGGAUAAUAUUAAUACAUGCUCAACGGUAUAGUUUUUAUGCAGUACCUCUCGUUUUUUUUUUUUCAAAAUACUAUGCUGGGUCAUAAUAUCUUUGUUUCGAUACAGCCCACAAUGACAUGUUUUUCGUGAUUUCAAGUGUGUUCUUUGUCUGUAUGCGUUUCACAUAUACGCAUUUGUACAGGCCUAAUGAUCACUUUACAUGUGUGUAAAUCUUUUCUGUCAGAUCCUCUACAUUGUCCAAUUUGUAUUGUAGUGGUUAUUUCCGACCAAAUUUUAUUCAGACAUGUUUGUACUUUCCAAUUCUUUCUUUAUUAUUUCCUAUAUAUUCACUCCACUCAACAGCAUCAUUCGUUCUUAGACUUCUGAUAAUGUCCUCAGGAUUCCUUAUCUGCACUUUUCUGUUAACAUCUCUAAUGAAAUAUCUAAGCACACUUGUUUAUGUCAUUUAAGUAGAUUAUGACCACCCCUGUUUCACUUAUAUGUAUUUUUGUAUUUCUAACUGUCCCGGGUGUUUCAUUUUUGUUCGUUAAUUUUGUCUACCAAAUUGAGCUAUGGAAAUUUAUGUAAGUUAUUUCUUAGUCUUUAGUGUAGUACCUAUGUAUUCGUAUAGUAUUGUUUUUCAUUCCUUCAAAAUGAUCUCUUCUGUUAAUCUCACUACAUCUUUUCUUCUCAUUUAUCGUGCAGUCGUGCCACCUUAUUUGAAAAGUAGCAAUUUGUCAAUUUUAUUUUUUCAGUCUGUUAUCAUCCUCAUAACACUAUUUUCUCCUGAGGGUCGUCUAUCUCUACACUUUCAAUACUUCACAAUAAAAUACAAUAUAAGCCUUUCCUAUUGAUGCUCUGUUCCUUUCUACAAGUGGAUCUAAGAAUGCACAGUAACUAAAAUUAUUACUUUUUUGCCUUUUACAAUGCAUGCGCCAUCGCCUGUGUACACCGUUGAUAAUUCCUAAGGAAGCCAUAUAAAACGAUUGUGUAAGUCCCGUAUCAAAUGUUUCAUUUUUGCCUUCGGGAAUGAUAUCAGUGUAAUUACUAGAUAUUUGCAUUCUGUUCCAAAUUGAUUUUUCUUCUUGGUUCUUUCGUUUAGUUUACCAUAUUCCUCACUAAUAUUCAAUGUCGUAUAUAUUCUGUGAAUAGAUUUAUUGCGUUCAAUUAGUAACAUCCUUAAUUAUUGUUAUUAUUAAUGAUGGUCUGUUCUUAUUGUUUCUGAAUCUCGCUGUUAAUAAUAGUAUUAAUAAUAAUACACAUGACUAAGUAACUAAACACAUUUCAAUCUAUUUGAACUCUAACAUAUACUCUUCCUUUCAAGUGCGUUUUCCCAAAUGUACAAACCCUAUACACACAAAAAUUUGUUUCAAUGUUUAUAUUUUGUUAACUUCCUUCUUUCAUCUUUUGUUCGCCUCGUUUUUUCUUUAUAUUAUUAUGUAUGUUUUCGAUUUGUGAUAGGGUGAUUCCAUUUAAUUCUUUGAAUACGUUCUGUCCUAGAUGUUUAUUCUAAUGCAGGUUUCACCUUUAUUUCGUUAUCCAAUGCAGUUUAAAAGAUAUUUUAAUUUUCUGAAGUAUUGACAAUUAUUUUAAAUUCAUGCGGAAGUUACUUUGUGAUAUUGUUACUGUUCUCUUUUACAAAAUUAUGAGUUAUCUUUUCUGCCAUGAAACCUAGUUCCAUAAUGUGGUGUGAUUUAUUUCAUACGUGGUUAUACACUUUUCUCACCUGCACUGUUUGUUAUCUCGUGUAUCUGUGUAUAUUAGUAACUUACGGUAAAACUUAUUGCGCUAACUGUUCUUAUGGCGGAUGAUACAAAUAAUAAUGGGUUUUCGCCGGUGACUUUUUGCGAAAAGGAUAAAAAGUAGCUUGCCUUCUUUAAUCUUCGUACUGCUAUGUUUCACCAUUUCUAUUUUGCUUUUCCUUAAUUAAAUGUACCCCCUACAAAUUGUGUGCAAAAUUCAUUAUACCUUGGUAAGGAGAAAAAUCGGUUUCAUUUACUUAUGAUUAACAUUAUGAAAAACUUCUAUACGUAAUAGAUUAUCUCUUCUAUAUCAUGCAUACAUUUAAAUUGUUACAUCCAAAUGUUCGCUUAUUCACUAUCUUUCGUCUCUCUUAAAUCGUUUGUGUCCCUCAUUUAGUUCAAAGGAGUUGUUUUUCCAACUUCAUCUUGUACACCUUCUUUUAAAGGCUACAUUGACUUUACACACAUGCAAACGUACGUAUAUGUGUAUGAAUCAUCUGUCUAACCUUAUAUAUAUAUAUAUCCUAACGUAUUUAUUGAGAUUCUACAGCCACGUGAUCAUUUCAAUGCACUCGACUGUGUAGAAUUCCCACUACAGACAAAUGAAACUAGUGUUUAGCAAAUCGACUUUUUUCAUAUUUUAUUUUUUUUGUUAGUAGUUCACUGAGUUGUACCUGCUCAUUUUUAUAGUCGUGUUGAUGAUGACGAUAUUGACCAUCCCGUUUUUAUUACGGUUUUGGACGCUACUAACUCAAAAGUACGCUUAAUGUCUUAUUAAUAAGUGAAUAAAUUACUAGCAUAAUAGUGAAACUUUAGGUGGCGUCUCUACUUUUGACAACUUAAGCUAUCUUUAUGCGGUUAUUAAAAGGCGAUCAAUGAUGGUGAUCCAACUUUCACUGAAGUAACCAUUGCACAGCAAAGAUGAGCUUAUUAUAACUUAUAGGGCAAUUUUAAAAAAGACAAUUCUAAGCUUAGUCCAUUUGACAGCUAAAAAGAAAAUAGUUAUUCAAUAAGCUAACUAUCAGAAGUAUUUCUUGAAACCAGUAGUCCAAAUAUGUAAAUCAAAUUCUUGAUGACAUUUAGAAUUACCGACAUCAUUUAUGAUGUCCCAGAUAUGACCUACCAAUCCCUAUAUCCGUUAUGAUAGGUCUUUCUAACUCAGAAUUUAUCAUCCCUUCAAUCAUAGAACAAAUGCUUUGACGAAGAGAAAUUUCGAUCAUACACUGCUUAAAACGACAUUCUACACCCUAAUGCAAAGUAUAGAUGAGUCAUGUAGCUUCUGUUUAUAUAACAUUUGUUUUUCGUAUUAGGUAUCAUGAGGUAUUCUUGAUAUUGAAGUCACCUAUAUUCUA